GCAGUUUUGUUUACACUCCGUAGCGCUGAAGACGUAGUAGAACAUAUUUUCGUCGAGCAUGUUUCGUGUUUUGGAUCUAUUAAUCUGAAGGUCUCUUGAAUUUUUGUACGGUGAAGGAUGCCACUAUUAAAGGUGUUCCUGUAUGAAGGGUGCAAUUUUAAGGGAUGCCUUUUGAAGGUCUCCUAAAUGAACGAGCUAUCUGGCAUAAUUGUUUGUGACUCAAUCGGAACAUUGCUGCCUAUAAUUCAUACUCGUGUCGACCGAUGUUUAAUUCAUCAAAGGUGAACCAGAGAUAAAAACGUGGAAUAAAUAAAGUUUGAAUAAAACAAGCAAAGAUGACGACUAUGGGGUUUGAAAAACGCCUAAAUGUAGGCCGAUUCAUGCAAUAGCUCUCUUCAACCAGUGCGUCCAAUCGUCACAAAUGGAAGCUUUCCUGUAGCUUUUCAAUGCAGUGCAACAUUCCCGUUCGAAUCGAUUUUAUCUGUGUGUUGCGACGGGUGGGAAAACGGGAAAAAGGGGGUGCUCCAGUUGCACGUGUGUUGGUGUAUGAAAUAUCCUUGCAAUAGAGUAGUGGUUUUCCCCAGUAUUGUCCUUCCUUGUCAGCAAUCGGCAGUGUGACAGGACUUUCCAUCCAUCGUGCAGGGAUCGGUUUUUAGGUGCAGGAAUCGUCUCCAUUAAAGGUGCUCCUUUUUGGUGUUUUUCAAAGUAGCAAAAUGGUCGAAAAUUGCUGAAAAUCUGCAAGUGGAUUGCUUAAAAUCGAAACUCAUAUUAUUUUCGGUUGCUGAAAAGUGAACACAGGGAGCAAUCCUCUGGGAAGUGCAGAACCUACCAUAAAAUGGGCCAAGCAGCAAGUCAAAACGACGAUGCGGAUCCCGACCAGGAGGACGAGGAAAUCAUUCCUAUGCGAGCGGAUCACUUUCUGACUGAUAGUGAUAUAGCUUGCGAGGAGGCGUCGAGGUUAACGGCCGAACUGCAGGAGGAUGCGCCAGAGGAUGACGAUGGGUGUGAAUAUCACGACAUGCCGCCUCCACCGGAUGGCGGCUACGGAUGGGUGAUUGUAUUUGCGUCGUUUAUGUGUAAUAUGAUUGUGGACGGUAUCGCGUAUACCUUCGGCGUGUUUCUGAAUGAUUUCGUGGUGUACUUCGGCGAGGGCAAGGGAACGGUCGCGUGGGUGGGCAGCUUACUUAGCGGAAUGUACUUAAGCGCCGGUCCCGUCGUAUCGGCCCUCGCCAACAAGUACGGCUGCCGGACGGUGUGUAUAGCCGGAAGCAUAAUCUCCAGCGCGGCAUUUGCUCUGAGUACCUUAAGCACAAACGUGACCAUGAUGAUGCUGACCUACGGCGUGAUGGGUGGCAUCGGAUUCGGUUUCAUCUAUCUGCCCGCGGUCGUGGCAGUCGGCUAUUACUUUGAAACGAAGCGUUCCCUGGCCACCGGUAUUGCGGUCUGUGGGUCCGGGUUCGGAACGUUUGUCUUUGCGCCUUUGGCCAAUUGGCUGCUGGCAAACUUCGACUGGAAGAACUCAACUCUCAUAUUAGCUGGUAUUAUUUUGAACUGCGCAGUAUUUGGUGCUAUGAUGAGACCGCUCACGUAUCCUAAGGAGGAUAAAGAUAAGAUGAAGCCCCUGAUGCAACGCAUGUAUGAAGAGAAACGUAUGCAAAUGGAACGAGGUUCGAUCGGAGGUUCCUACUUCAUGGUGCAAUUACCCGAUGGUACAAUGGAAAAAAGACUGAAGGCUCCCCUAAAUGCCGAUCCGGGUGUACACUCGAGCUUGGCGUUAGAUCAACUGGCCGCACAACAGGGUGGCAUGCAUGCCGUGGCCACCUUGCCCACCAUUACCGAAUCCAAAGUCCAAGAACAGAACGGUUCCAGCAACUCAUCGUCCGAAUCCAGCCAGAUUGAAAUGAAGAAACCCCUACAGAAGCCAAGGAAUAACCAUUCUGAAUCCGAUGCCAAUGAAUACGGUUCCAACAAUCUGCCACGCAAUGCCUCUCAACCGGCUUUCACUAGUCAUCAGUCAGGUAUUCCGAAGAACGGAUCCGUACCCACGUUCGAUCGUGUGCGUAAGCACUCAACAGGUGAAAGAUUUAAACCAUCCUUAGCUGCUAUAAAAGCAAGCUCUAGAGGUGAUGUUGAUAGUAACGGAGAUGUACGUAAAACUAUGCAUUUAAAAGUGUCACGCGGCUCUGUCACCGGAAGCAAAAAUAAUAACGCUGACGAUUUUAACGAGAACAUGUACACCUCUAAGGCGUCGCUGAAGGCUGAUCGGCCGGCCAUGGUGAGGCCACUGUCCCGUAAGGAUAUCUUCUACUCGGGCUCGGUAACAAACCUGAAGGAGUUCCAGUCGCAGAAGUCUCUCACCAACUACCGCAACUCGGUGAUCUCGCUGACCAAGUUCGAACGCGACCAUGCCAAGGAUGUUCCGGCUGAUCUGGAGAAAGGUGCUGAACAGUAUGAUUUAUGUCCAUGCCUAGCCCUUCCUCAAUCGUUCAAAAACGCCCUCGGCGCGAUGAUGGACGUCAGCCUGCUCAAGGAUCCCGUUUUUAUGAUGAUCGGCAUUUCCAAUAUUUUCGGCAUGGCCGGUCUUUACGUGCCCUUUGUGUACUUAGUCGAUGCAGCUAAACUAGAUGGUAUCGAACAAAACUCGGCUUCGUUCCUAAUUUCGAUCAUCGGUAUCACGAACACCGUUGCUAGGAUCGUGUGUGGUUAUGUGGCGGAUUUUCCCAAAGUUGAUGCCUUAUUCAUGAACAAUAUCUGUCUGCUAAUCUCAACGUUUUCCGUCGGAUUGACUCCAUUCUGCCACAGCUAUGCCUCGUACGUUGCAAUGGCCAUUUCGUUCGGUAUUGCUGUUGCCGGCUACAUUUCGCUGACGUCAAUUAUAUUGGUAGAUCUUCUAGGACUGGACAAACUGACCAACGCCUUCGGACUGUUGAUUCUGUUCAGAGGAGCAGCAACGAUUGUCGGAUCGCCCCUGGCCGGAGCUCUGUACGAUGCUACCCAAACCUAUUCGAUUCCGUUCUACGUAGCCGGAGCACUGUUCGGCGUUUCGGCCAUUUUCAGCUUUGCUGCUCCGUUUAUGAAGAGAUUCCGCAAAACAGACGAAACUCCGGUCCACGUCGAAGUGCUGACCCCGAUCGACGAGGGCCAGGAGGAUGACAUGGCUGAUGAUGACGACAAACCGAUUACGAUGGUGCCGAAGAUCGUCCAAACGGCACCGAGUCCAUCAACGGAACAACCGAUCAGCUCCUCGAUACUCACAUCAUCGUCCACGGUCAACAACAAUAAUAGCAGCAGCAAACAUCCUCCUGCCAACGGAAGCAACGGAAAGGAAAUUAGUCAGAUGGAAUCUGUGCUCUAGAUUGAUUCUUUAUACAAAUCAUCAACGCAUCUUCGAUUCCUGAUCGCGCACCAAAAGGCCGCCACCAAUAAUAUGUAGUGGGUAGCACACGAACCUCUUAUACAUACUGAGCAAAUGCACUAGUUUUUUUUUCUCGUGCGCUUUUGUGCUUUGUGCUCUGCAAAGAACCUUCGAAUGAAAGGAAUUUUGUUCCAUCUAAAAAGAAACUAAAAAGAGAACAGUGUCAUACAAAGUUGUAAAGUAAAUGUCUGUGAGGUUAUCAAUCAGAGUUUAUUAGGAUCGAAUAGAACCUGAGAUUGUGCGAAUCCGCGUUUAUUGUGUAUUGUGUACGACUGUGUUGUAUGUGUGUAAGAUUGUUAGCCUUUGUGAGCGAUGUUUCUUAAUUUUAGUAUUUUUUUUCGUUUUAAUUUUGGUUAAGAAACUUACUAGUGAUCGAAAAGAUUCGGAAAACAAAUUACCAAGCUAGUUCACGUAAUGCCAUUGAAAAAUCUGAAGCCAAUUUUUAAUAGUUUGAAUCGGUAACUAAAGCUUUCUCAAGUGGAAAACGAGUAUUAGUUGUUUCUAAGCUGUACAUAGCGGAAGGAAAUGUGAAAAUGAGAUCCAAAAGUCGAUUCAAGUUAGGUGAUGAUAGGAUUUAACAAAGGUUUUAACUUCGAUAGUGGCUAUGGAGAUUCUAUAGCGAAACAAAAUCCGAUAGCACUCAAGUGAAUCACGCUCGGUCGCAGAAAUCUUGAAUGGUUUAUACACCUACAAAGAAGAUACUUUUGUGUAAGGUAACAGAGAAACUAUUGUAACAUUAUUUUGAUAUUAGGAUACAAAGUUAUCGGAUUAUACCAAGUAGUUGAUCCAUAGACACUGUAACAAAUUCAAACAAAUAAUAAUAGCUAGUUAUGCUAACAACGUGAUGCGCUAACAUUUCAGCUGGUAUCGUCACCGAUUCUGCACGCUGAAUAACUGUCGUUAGUUUUAAAAAUUCAUUCAUAGUCAUGCGCAUGAUUUUAAAUCGUGUUUCGUUUAUUCACAUCGUUAAGUUUUAGUUUUCUAUGUUGCUCAUUUAUGAUUUUCCUGUUUGGUUCUUAAAUUGUUGAUUGAAACAUAUCCAGUUAUUUCAUUCAUCACCAUUCGUUAAGCUAUCGCUUAUAGAUACAUCAAGGCGCGUACUUGUGCACGGUGACGAUCAGUUCGAGCUAUGGACUGUAGUUAAUUAUCCUAUGACCCGAUGCUACACUCAAAUUGGAAACCAAACAACAAAACCUAAUGAAGAAAAACACUCCUAAUAAACGCUACAUAUGAAGGCAGAAUUAGUUUGUUGAAAAUAAAAUCGAAACCAAGAACAAA